AUGUUUUUGAUCAUUGCAUUGAUUUGUAUAAUUUAUCACUCCGUCGCCGCUGACACCCAGGAGGUACAGGAAUCCCAACAAUACUAUAGAAUCUCUAUGGUGUCAUCCCACGAGAACCCUGGCAGCCCCGCCCUGUUCGUACACGGGGAGAGUCCCGUGUGGGACCCCGAGCAACAGAGUCUCUACUUUGUCGACGUACGCGACAGCAACGUACAUCGACUCGACUAUGUAUCCGGCAAGAUUUAUACUAAACAUAUCAACUAUGGCGAAGUGAACGUGGUAUCCCUAGUAGCGGGUUCCCAUCGGCUACUGAUAGCAGUACGCUCCUCCCUGUACCUGUUAGACUGGGCUAUCGCUGGAGACUCGGCCCUACGGCUACUGACUACUGUGGACGUCGGUCUACCGGACAACGUCAUCAAUGAAGGGAAACCUGACGCUGAAGGGAGGUUUUGGGCAGGUACAAAAGGCCCACAGACAAGUGACGACGUGGUUCCGGACAAGGGAACAUUCUACAGUGUGGAACAAGAAAGUUUCACCCACCCUCGCACGCAACUGCGGCCAGUUUCCAUCUCAAACGGCAUUGUGUGGUCACUCAACAAUACAGUGCUGUACUACAUCGACUCGCCCACGCAGAAAAUUGAAGCUUUCGACUUUGAUUUGCAAAGAGGAGACUUAUCCGCCAGGAGAACGGUGAUAGACAUAUCAAGCGUUGGCUACGAGGACGCGAUCCCUGACGGCAUGACCAUCGACAGCCACGGGAACCUCUGGAUAGCUCUCAUGUUUGGCGGCACUGUCUUACACGUAGACCCAGACACCAGACAAAUAGUAUUCGGCUACAAGCUACCUGUGUCCCGAGUAACGUCAGUGUGUUGGGGCGGACCCAACCUCGACGAGUUGUUCGUGACAACUGCUCGAGACAACUUAGAUGCCGCUGCGGAGCCACUAGGGGGCGCUAUCUUCACGAUACGAGGCACUGGAAGUCGUGGUGUCGAACCUCAUAGCUUCCGAUUCGAUAACGCAGAUUUUUAUUGA